AUGGGUAAAACAAUUCGAAUUUUCCAAAUUAUGUUAUCUUUUGAUCUGUAUGAGGCUGUCCCGACACCAACAGUAACUUGUGCAGUUUACAGCGGUAAUGGGGACUCUAUACUGGCAUCAUACAAUGAUGAUGACAUUUAUCUGUUUGAUACGUCACGCACUGAAGCUGCAGAUGCAGUCCAUAGAUACUCCGGCCAUCGUAAUAGUGCUACAGUUAAGGGUGUGAAUUUCUUUGGUCCUGGAAGCCAGUACAUUGUAUCAGGGUCUGACUGUGGAAACAUAUUCUUCUGGCACCGUGAGACUGAGGCCAUUGUCCAGUGCAUGCCAGGAGAUGAGAAUGGAGUGGUUAAUGUGUUGGAGCCACAUCCUCACAUACCAGUGCUGGCUACAAGUGCUGACGAUGAUGUUAAAAUUUGGGUACACGUGUGA